AUGAAGGCCGGUCCAUUAGUGCCGCUCGGGCUGCUGCUCGCUGUUCAGUAUUUUGGUUUUGCUAUACUGGUUUCUACACACAGAGAAAAGUUAUACUUCCCGGGCGUACGGAUAGUCGCACUGCACGUCUUCCUGCUUUUUGACGUUGCCGGAUAUAUUCUCUGGCGUGCAUUGAUUCGCCCACAGUUCAGCGCUCUUAGGGACCUCCCCAAACCACGAACACGAGGUGGCUUUCUAACCGGCCAUGUUGGUGCCGUUUUCAGCAACCCUCUGGGUCGCCAGGUCGCUGAAUGGAUCAAUACCAUUCCCAACCAGGGCAUGCUGUGGUUCCGAGGGAUGAUGGGUGCUGAGUAUCUCAUCGCUGCUGGGGCAGACAGUCUUCGGGACGUCUUAUUCGCUCAAGCAUACGAUUUUGAGAAGACCAGCGCCUUCCGUCGCUAUACCAAGCGAUUUAUAGCAGCUGGGCUUGUGGUGCAGGAGGGAGAGAUCCACAAAGCCAACCGCAGGGCAAUCAGUCCUGUCUUCCAGCCUCGUGCUGUUGAUGCACUCAAGCCCAUGCUCACUCGAAAAUCAGAGCAGUCUAUUCAAGCUUUGCUCAGGCGAUGCAAUCAGGCAGCUGGGGUCUAUUCUCCGCCCCAACACGAUGGAACGGCGGUCCUCGACAUCUGCGAUUGGGCGACUCGCUUCGCGCUAGACGUGGCCUGUCUCGUCGGCUUCGGAGAAGACUUCAGAUUGGCUGAAACAUCGGAGAUGAAACCUGUACUGCAUGCGUACAUGACCAUCUUCACCGGAUCCAAGGCCAAGAUGAGCCAAUACGCGUGGCACAACACUGCUCCACCUUGGCUAGUUAACGCGUUUCCGCACAAGCUCGAUGCGGACAUGGACGAAGCGUCCAGAGUCAUCCACCAUCUUGGUGAUGAGGCUGUACGAAAACGUCUCGAACUAAUCCAACGUGGCGAGAAGCCGCCACCAGACUUCUUGACGGAAGUCAUCCAGUGUGGCAAGUUCACUCCCUCUCAGUGUCGCGAUGAAGUAUUGAUUCUGCUGGCUGCAGCGCACGAAUCAACGGCCGCGUUAAUAGCAAUGACCAUAUGGCGACUCACACAGUCUCCCGAGCUGCAAGAUCAGCUCCGCAACGAACUCAAGCAUUUUGGUAUGCAAGCCGGCAUCGCUGACAUGAGCGAGUCUGCCUACGAGCAGAUGACAUUGAUCAACGCCAUCCUCAACGAGAUGAUGAGACUAGAGCCCCCUCUACCCAUCACGCUCCGCAAAGCCGUCCGGAACACAACCGUUGCUGGCCACGUCGUGAAGGCAGGCACUUAUGUCGUCAUCUCGCCGUAUGCCAUGGGUCGCUCGGUCGACAUUUGGGGAUCUUCAGCGCUGCAAUUCAACCCUCACAGAUGGAUUGAUCCUCCGACGGAGGAGAAGCCAGGACCGUCGCCAUAUGGCACACUCAACGAGCAUGGUGGCGCAUCCAACCACUACGGUAUGCUGACCUUCUUGAAAGGUCCCAAGGGCUGCACUGGCGAGCGAUUUGCCAAGGCUGAGCUAAGACGUAUCAUUGCCGCACUUGUCGCAAACUUCGAGUGGACGAUUGAGCAAGAUCAUGUCCCCGAACAGGUCGGCAUCGUGGUCGUCAAGCCUGAAAAUGGCAUCCAAGUCAGGUGCCGGCCGCUACCUCGUGCGAAUGGGCUUGAUCAGGGCGCCAGCUUGGAGGAGAAGUCCAGCUUGAUCUAG